UCACUCACCGCGCGCAACAGCACGCAUGCGCAGUAAGUCUCGUGGCAGGAACGCUUCCCUAGUCUGGAGUUGACAUGGCGGCUGAGCGCAAGACAAAGUUGUCCAAGAACUUGCUACGCAUGAAGUUCAUGCAAAGAGGACUGGACUCAGAAACCAAGAAACAACUAGAAGAGGAGGAAAAGAAGAUCAUUAGUGAAGAGCAUUGGUACUUGGAUUUGCCAGAGCUUAAGGAGAAAGAGAGUUUCAUAAUAGAAGAACAGAGUUUCUUGUUAUGUGAAGAUCUUCUCUAUGGAAGAAUGUCAUUCAGAGGGUUUAAUCCUGAAGUUGAGAAAUUAAUGCUUCAGAUGAAUGCUAAGAACAAAGCAGAGGAGGAAGAGGAGGAUGAAACAGUAGAGCUUGACGUGUCAGAUGAAGAAAUGGCUAGAAGAUACGAAACUUUGGUGGGGACAAUUGGCAAAAAGUUUGCCAAAAAGAGAGACCGUGCCAAUUAUGAAGAAGAUGAAAAUGGAAACAUGAAACCAUUUAAAUCAAAGAAGAUGUUCUUAAAGCCUCAAGAUUAAAUGGAUACCUUCAAAUAAGGCUCAGGGAUCCCUGUAAAAGCAACAUAUUUUGGAGUUCAUCCUGGUGGUGUCUCUAUAGUUGCUAAUAUGUAAUGUUUAUUUGUAAAGAAAUGUGUAAUUUUGGAAACAUUCUGUUUUUUAAACAGAAAUGUGGUAGAUGUUAUACAUCCUUUUCCUAAUGGUAUUCAUCAAGAGUAUAAUUCCAGCCCUUGACCUUCAGGUAACAGUAGGCACAGAGUUGCUUACUAAAGAUUUUUUGGACCUGAGAUUUUUGUUUUUAGUGUAUAGUUCUCCAGUCACUGACCUUCAUUUGGCUCCUAGAAAUUAAUGCCAAUGUUUUGGUUGCCCUUAUGUUUACAUUUUGCUUUAAAUUAUUAAUUAUGUCAAUCCAAUUUAAGCAUUCAUUUUGGAAUCAAAUGUCAUGAGAAUUUAUUGUAUGUUAAUUCAUCAAGAACAAACAAGCCGGGCGUGGUGGCACACGCCUAUAAUCCCAGCACUCGGAAGGCUGAGGCAGGAGGAUCAUUGCAAGUUCC